AUCGCUUCCUACUUGUAAACACUCUGGAAUAGUUCAAAGCUAAAAUGCCAGCUGAAACCGAAACUGGCUCCCUGUAUUCUACACCAGUAAGUAUAUUCCAGGCAGCUAAACGUUUCAUCAAUGUGGGGAAUCUUUUGCGCAACAUGUUUUUCCCUUUAACGUUUUUCGAGCGAGACACGCGGAAAUUUUUUUAUUGCAUUAGUAUGUUUUCGUUUGACAGUUUUUCGCUUCUCCUGUUUAAGGAGUUUUUUCCAUUUAUUUGAAGAUCUAGUGUUUGCUUCUGUACGUAAGUUUUGGAUAAUGAAGAAAACGAAUGGUGAUUUUCGAUUUCGAUAGAAUCGAAGCCAGCUGCGUUCUUUUUCCCUGCCGGCCGCCGACGCAAAAUUAAAUGCUAGAACAGUCUGUACCUUUUUGUCCUUUGUAAAAAAUUAGCUAAUAAUUCUAUUUUCCUUUUUUUGCAACCAGGUCGCUUUUGUAUAUAUUUUCAAUCUAAUCAUUGGAGUUGGAGCUUUGACAAUGCCCAAAGCUUUUGCAAGUGCUGGUUGGGUUAUUGCGGUUGUCCUCACUGGCGUUUUGUGUUUGAUGAGGUUAGUCUUCCUUAACUUGGUUUUACUUCAACAAACAUACAUGUUUGUAGGUUUAAGGUUAUUGAGAAAAUAAUAUGUUUGCUGUUAUAAUCACUCAUUUCAAUUAGUAUCUGAAGGACUAAUGCCGGUAUAAUUUUGAGCAUAUUAAUAAGUUAAGUAUAUUUAAGCUUUAAAAUCAGAUGUUGUCAAAAUUGAAGUUUUGGAGAAAUGCACUUUCGUGUUUUUCUUUAAAUCGUACAGCUGUAAGUAAGGCUGUAUGUAGGAAUGUUUAUUUAGUAGGUACAGGAGGGAAAAGUUCCGUAGCAGUCUGGCAUUUUGUAUUAGUAGGAACAUAAUAACUCCAGCAGAGCAUAAUUUUGAGCAUACGUAAUUCCCCUUUGGUUUCUUGAGUGAUUCCAAGCAACAUUAAAAUACCAGGCUACUCAAUUUUAUGAGCAAAAUCCAUAAGACCCUAAUUCCAAGAGAUAAAAUUUAUUGUGACUUUCAUGUGACACAGGGACUAAUUAGAGGGGGAGGGCCCUGCCUAAUUAUUUUGCUUGGGAUGAUUUUCUCUUAGGACAAAAAUUUUACCACUUGGAUGACAAAGCAAUAUUAAGUGCAUCUUCUUUUGCACAUGCACUUCACGAAAGUCAAAGUUAACCCUCCAGUUCCAAGAGUGAACAAUAUCAGUUUUCUCCAAAUAAUAUCAAUACAUAAUCAAGUAAGGUUAUUAAAUGAGAAUUUAUGAAAUGAUCACCACAGGAAAAAUACUUUGAUGUGUUAUCAAAUUCUCUCUCCUAAUUCUUUACAUUGAUGUAUGGUGACUAGUGUGGAGAAUUUGUAUCUGGAUAUAUAUUCAGGCUUAAAGGGUUAAGGGUCGGCAAAGCUACCUGUACAGUGUAUGCGGUGGCAGCUUAAUUCUCACAGGCUUUCAUCUGACAUAUUUACGAGUUGUGGUGAUGCAUACCAAUAUUGAGGAUGGCUAUGCUAUGUUUAUUGGGGUGUUAUAAAUGGCACACAAAUGCAUUAUGGCGGAACAGUGACUGCAAAUGCCUGUUUUUUGUCAACCUGAUUCUUUAGCGUUUCACCUUGUAAGUCACAAGAACAACAUACAAAUUCUCCAUAUUGUUCUCCAUAACUUUCCUUGAAGAACUACUAAAGAAGAUUUGUAGAAAGAUCAAAGCAUUUUCACUUAGGUGAUCAGUUUAUUUACUCUCAUAACCUUUUUUGUUGAUUACUUUGUGAUAUGGUGAGGAGAAAAUUGGUGUUGGUCACUCUUGGGACUUAACCACUAGGUCUCAACAAAAGUGACUAAAUAUGUCUUUCUAAAUUUAUAUAUAGAUUUCAUGUGAAUCACAUGUGAUACACCAUAUAUAGAACCUUUUCUUUAUUGUAAAAUAUUAACAUCCUGCAACAGCUCUAAGAUAUUAAACAACAAACAUUCCCCACCUUUUAGUUAUGGAAAAGUAAGUCUCCCAGUCUUCUUAUGUGAAAAUUCCUAGUAAUAAUCCUUUAUGCUUUAUAAGCUUCUCAUCAGUGCUGUAGGUUGUAAACGUGCUAAAUAGGCCAAAAAUCCCUCAAAUAAUUAUUCAGUUUUACUAAUUCAUGUUGCCAGACGUAUACUGGGGGUUUUCUUGCAUUUGUUUUCUUUGCACUGGUCAUUUAAGAUGUUUCUGUAAAAAUCCGUUUCAUAUUAAUAUAAUCAGCUUUUUUAAUUAGAUAUAUUUCAUUCAAUUUUUUAAAGUGGCCGUCACAAUGAUUUGGUGACUGGUAGGGUUGAUUUGCUCCUCGAGACUUUGCCAAAAAAUACCUUUCAAAGCUAUUGAGCCAUUUUCUGGUAACAGGAAACCAAAAAAGAACCAAUUGCCCAAGAUAAACAUUUACCAUAAGUUGAGUGCUUUGAGGCCUUCCUUGUAGAUGCUAAAUAUUGGCUUCCAAAGAAAGCAAAAUCUUUUAUUUACUUUUCUUGCCCUGUUUUUUCUUUUGUUGGGCAUGGGAAAAGUUUUGGGGAAAGGUUAUGGACUGAAGGAUUAGAUUGGAAGGAGGUACACCCACGUAGUGGAACAAGAUUUUCAUUGGAAUUUUUGGGUCAUUUUUUAAUGGUUUUUCACAUUUCUCUAGUCUCCUUGAUGAAUCAUGCUCAUGCUGACAUGGUUUGAAGAUCUCUUCUCCCUGCACUAGUUACAGCUGUAGCUGAUGACAAAGUAAUUUGUCCUUGUGGCUGUUAAAAGCUGAUGACGUCAUCACAAAUGGUACAUUAGGGAUGUCAAUCUGCACGCUCCCCCAGGUGUUUAUGGGCGGUUCAGGGUUGAACUUAAUUGGUUCAAAACAUCAAGUGAAGGAAAACUGGGGUUGAAUCAGUCACUGUGUUUGAUUUUCACAGGGGAGAAAUCAAGUUUGGUUUGAAUUACAGGGAAUAAAAAAAAACAGUGUUUUAGAAGUUAGGCCAGUUCUGCUGGAUUUUUGCAGGGGAAAUUACAACCAAUUUAAGGUUUUAAUUAUAGGGACUGUUGCUCAUUUUAGCUAAACUUCUGCUUUUUUUUUCUUUUCAGUUUUAUAACAGCCACUUUUAUGGUUGAGGCAAUGGCUGCUGCUAAUGCUUUUUUAAGACUAAAAACUGAAGACAAGAGUUUAUCAGUGAGUAUCAUAUAUGUGCAAUAGUUGUUGUGUGAUUACCCAUGUAAAAUGCAUACAUGACACCCUAAAAAACAACGCUUACACUGUAACAAAAAUUGUAUGGGGGAGUUCAAACAAAUAAUGUAUUACUGUGCAUAGCCAUGGGCAAUAUGAAAUGGCAAAUGGCUUGGGCAUUAGCCGAGGGUGAAAGAGAGAGGUGGAGAGGUGAAUGGGUGAAGUGGGAAGGAGGGCGGAUUUUGUAUUCAGUGGAACCUCUAUUCAGGGAACACCCUCAGGACCAAGGGAAGUGUUCCCUGAACAGAUCAGAGGUGUCACCUGAAUGGUGGUUGAGCUGGGGUUAUUUAAUAAUAAAUAUUAACCAAAAAAUAAAGUAUUUUCUUUUAUUUUGCCUCAGAAGCUGCUGCUGUCAUUAUUUAAAGCAGCUAGAUAAUUGAUGUUGUAGUUAAUAUUUUACAUACAUUUGUAUCCCAGGAAACUUUUUAUGUUUGCUUUGUUUCAAAUUCAUUAGCAUACAUUAUCAUAGCCCAAAACGAAGGAAAAGAAAAAAUUUCCUGAGAUAAAAAAUUAACUACAACAUGUAUAAAAAAUCAUAAUUCACUUACAGCUGUACAUGUAUCUCUGCGAUGUUGUGUUAAAUUUCCACAAGUGCAGUACAUCGAUUUCAGUGAAAUAGGUCAAUUUUUCUGAAAGCUGUCGCCAUUUUGACUUACAUGUACCGGUGAACACUUUAACUUAUCAGUGAUGUUUGUGGUCACUUAUUGAGUGCUAGGGUGUCCCCUGAAUGGAGGUUAAACCCAUGUUUCGAGUCCCAGAAAAAGUGUCCCUUUCCCCUGAAAUAGAGUAUGUGUCCCUUCAAUAGAGGUAACAAAUACAAAGAUUUUGUUAACAUUUUUCCAGGGCCAAAAUUUGUGUCCCCUGAGUGGAGGUACUGCCCCUUGAAUAGUCUAGGUGUCCCAAGGGAGAGGUUCCAGUGUAUUGCUCUUUUGAGCAAAUUCAAGGGUGGAUCAAUACACCAUUAAUUAGCUUAAUUUUUCUGUUAUGAUUUACUCCUGUAAACCACUUGAUGGUUGUAAAAUCUCACUUGAAGUCUUUAAUUUCUUCAAUUUAUGUGGCGGCUAGAUGUCUGCAAUGAUCUGUUUUGUAAAUACCUUGAUGUUUAACGGCUGGCAUUGUCUUUUUUGUAUCAUUUUGUAGAUUCCCCCACAAACUUCAUCCAACUCAGAAGAAGAUCGACCACUACUAAUCAGUAAGUCUAACUAGAUGGCGCUUUCCUGAGUUGAAUACUUUUUAUUCUUUUCACAGCUGAUUCAAUCUCUGACAUACCAGUAAGAUUUAAAGCCUUCAUUUUGUUACAAGUCUUUCAGAACUUUCCAACGCUAUUGAAUUAUUAGGUCUUUUGAAAAGUGUUCAGCCUGUGUUCAGAAGUGUUCUUGUCAUACAAAUGCAUCAGUAUUAUUUAAUUGUUAUUUAUUUUCUUUAAGAUAAUUUAAAUGAGGAUCAAGCUCCCGGCUUAUAUGAAAUAACAAGAAAGGUAGAGAUGGUAAGUGGAAUUAAUAUUAUUUUAGUUAUUUAUUUAUUUGUGAUUAAAGGACAUUUCCUAAGGUCUGGCUAAUCGACUAUAUUGAAUGGUGUGGCUCGCAAAAGAAAAUAAUAAUUUUUUUCAAAUGAUACUACACUUGAAGCUUCCAUAAAAGGGCGAUACUCUGAGGAAACUGAAAAAUUAAGUGCUAGCAAUGACAAAAUUUGAAAGAUGUUUGUUAUUAUUUCAUCAUUGAUGUCAGUUGAUCACUGGCAUCAAGGACGGAACAAAUAACAUAAUUAUCCAUUAUUGAUGUUACGUAAAACAGCACACUGCAGCAGCUUAAUAUUAUUGGCUGUUGUAUGUGGCAGUGCAGAACUCAAGAAAAUGCAGAAAAUGUUAAAGCUGUAGGAAAAAAUGGCUGCUUUUAAUACUGACCUAAAAAUAGGAAUAAUUUGCAAAAUUUCCCUGGAUGGAUGUUACAGUGUAUCUGCUUUUUGAGGAAUACCUGGCCUCCAGCCUAGGUGGAUACUGAACAUCUUCCUCAAUCUGUUUUAAUACCACCAAUUCUUAAUCAUACUGUAUUCUGUGACUUCAUUCAAGUCAAUGUUAUAAUAUACCUUGAUGCUUGUCCGCAGGGUCAGAUGGCUGAUCUCUUUUUCAGUAAAAGUAAGUUGUCUGUAGCUGUACCUUUUAUUGUUUUUAAUCUACAAAAAUAUACCGUAUAAUUCCAAAAAUAAGCCCCGGGUCUUAUAUUUUUCAAAGGCCUUUUUUGAGGGGCUUAUAUUCAGAGGGGCUUAUAUACGAAGGGAAAUUGCAUUUCAAAACCGAUUGGGCUAGCCACAUAGUUGGAAGGAAAUUUACCGUUUUUGCUUGUUUUUACUUUGUAUUUGAGGGCAAUUUUCCAAGUACAAGCCCCCGGGAGGCUUAUAUUAUUUGGAGGGGCGAUUUAACUGAGGGUUUUUUGCGUUACCGGUUUGGGGGGCUUAUAUAUGGAGGGGCUUAUUUUCGGAAUUUUACGGUAUUAAACUAGAGUACAUUGUAUCACUCUUACAGAGAUACUGUCAUACUGUGGUAUGUUUGUAUAAAACAGGUGCCUGUGAGCUAGCAAAACUGCUAUAUUCCACUCUAGUAAGAAUGAGCUCUUUAAGUUUUCAGUGAAAAUAAGAUAGUUAAAUGUACACGAAAAAAGGAACACAAGAGGUCUUAGUGCAGAACGCUGCUGGGGUUUACCUGUGAUUUUCAAUGGAAUAUGUAAAGAGGAAUAUAUUCGACUCUGAGGAAUAAGCUGUCAUUUGAAGGAAUCCUUGGUUAUAAGGCCCCAAAUCUCCCUUUGAUUCCAGUUAUUGUACAAAGCAAAUUGGAAGGAGAACUGGCAAUGUAUCAGAAGUCAUUCCAGGCAGCCUUUCAUUUGACACUCACAGGGUUUCUUUUAGAGCGUGGCCUUGCGGGGUUUCCGCAAUUUGGAAAAAAAUCCCGCAUAAAAAUUUAAGUUGCCAGGUCAAAUGGGGCGCCAAAAAAAUAGACCCAAGGAUAACUUAAGUACUAUUUUUUUGAACAACGCUGAUUUGACGGCCGCUCUAUAAACUUACUUUGAACUUUUAUAGCCUCUUACUGUAGCAAUUGCCUUUCUCCUCUUCUUUUGAGUCAUCAUUUCACCAGACAAACAUCCGGGAUUCUGCAGUAUAAUUCGAGCCGAGGCUUUCUCAGUUGCCCAGAAUGUUCCGAAAUGGCGGCAAAGCAUCCGACGAGUCCGACCCAUGUAGAAUGUCAAAAGUCUCAAAAAGCACUCAUGAAGUGUAUUUGGAUUUGGUGCCCCCUUUCUUGUACCGCUUUUUUUUUAAAAAGGCCCCCCUAAAAUUACAGAAGGGGGCCCAUUUGACUCUCAUUGGCCAAUUUCUAGAAUAAACCCUGCAGUCAGAACGUCUGACCUGAGUUUGGAAGUCCGCGGGGCCCGUGUGGGCCAUAAGCGUAAUUGUACCCAGUCUCCAUACACUUUUUCAUUUAGACUGAGACUGAGGAUGAAUCAAUAGGCCAUUUCUGAGUUCCAAAAGCUUUCACUUUCAAAACGAGGCUAAUGGCAUGGAAAACCUUUUCAUGUGAAAAUGAGAUUUAUUUGCAUGACAAUGAAAAAUCAUUUUUAUAUUAAUAGUUUCGCAUUUAGCUUACCUUUGAUACAGAGGCUUGGAGCAACUCGGAAAUAGCCUAUUUUAUCGUAUUUACUUGUCUUAACACUGACGGUAAUUACACUAAAUUCUAAUGAUGCAUUGAUUGUUGUUGUUGUUUUGCCAGUUGGUGUUCGCCUUUUUUACUUCUGUAUUGCUCUGUACCUUUAUGGUGACUUGGCAAUUUAUGCUGCAGCAGUUCCAAAGUCCCUCACACAAAUUGCUUGGUAAGUUUUCUGGUACGCCGUGAAGACAAUGCGCCCGGUUUUCUACAUGUAGGAGGCAGCUUUUUGUCAAGUGUGUUAACUCAUUUGUCGGAAGGAGAGCGCAAUGCGCGAGGUUGUUUAAAUAGCUUUGUUGGCACUUGAUCCCCGAGCACUGGUGUCUGGUCCUCAACUUGAAAAUGUGUUUGUUCAGACACUGGGUAACCACUUUCACGCAGUCAGACGCCGUUUUGAAACAUAAGCACAGUUAUGUAAAACAGUGGACUGUCGGUAGGGCGCCUAAAAACGCGCGCAUGUUUACCACACAUAGAACCGAAGCCCGCCUUAAUGCCCAAAUACAAAGGGUCGAAUUUGUAAUCAGCCGUGCACUACUUCUGUUUUGCAGUGGAUCGCUAUCUGGAAAUGAAACUUCUUUCUCUGCCUCUAAACCCUGUUGGAAUUCUGUUACGGAAAUGAAUGUCUAUCGAGUAUUCUUAGUAAGUAACUUUAUGGUCUUUUCUUUUGUUUCGUUUAAGGCCAUCCUCCUUGUUUUCGUUUAGUCUUGAAUGGGUUUCCCGAUUUUAGGUUGAUCGGUCGGAUGAAAAACCAAAAUUUUAAAAAAAUCACAAGAAGUCUGAGAAUAGGAGGCUUGAAACCCCACCAUCAUGGACCAUUCCAUUUAAUAACCACCCCCACCCCCACGGCAAGCUUUGCUGUGCUACAUUGCAGAAGCUUGACUUGGUUUCAAACGUCGCGCUACUGCCGUGCCGAACUCAAUUCAUAAAUUAUAAAUACAUUAGAAUACAUUUUAAACUUUGCUAAAUCGCUUCCUUAUUUUUGUUUUGUUUUCGGCAAGAGCCGUUCCAUUCGACUGAAUUAAAUUCGACAUCUGAAACCAAGUCGUGCUGCAGUCGAGCUACAGUCUAGCCAGCUUAGCUCGGCAGUAGCACGUCGUUUUCAACAGGCCUUACUUUGUUGUUGUUGUCGCUGUUGUUGUAAACUUGGGGUGCUUACCAUUUACACAAACCACCCAGGUGGAACUCUUGUGCAUAAACGGCAUAAAACUAUAAAAAUUGAUGUGCUGGAAGAGCAACCCACUUCGAAGUAUAUUCAAAACAGCUAAGCACACUAAAAAAAGAAGAAAAAUUGCAUCGCCUUAAAACACAACCCAAAUAUACUGAAGCCUAACCCUUAUCUUUUGUUGUUUACAGGCGAUUUUUGCCGUCACGUUAGGACCAUUUACAUUCUUCAAUGUUCAAAAGACAAAAUAUCUCCAGAUUUUUACUUCCUUUAUGAGAUGGAUGGGUAAGUAACACUCGGUCACUUGUAAUCCUAGUGAUGAGUGUACAUAGUAUUUUUAAAGUUUUUUCUUGGUAUCUGAUAAGGCUAAGUAUCAAGGAAAAAGACAGUCAUAGUAGUGAAAACGCAUCAGUGCUAGAGGUAAAAAGUAAAAGCAACACAACUUGUCAGGGCAGGGAAAAAACUUGAAAUCCACUUGCCCAUUAGGGUAAGUAAAUGUUACUGGACACUUGCCCCCACUUGAAGAUGACUUGCCCAAGGGGUACACAAUGCUUUUCGAGAAAGGUCGUCAAAAAAAUGUGCACGCUACAAUCCCAAAAGUUAAUAUGGGAUAUGAUCAAUACGCUGUUCCUGACACUGCAGCUGUCAAAUCUUAUGUUGUUGUUUUCCGUUAGCAUUCGCAUACACACAUCUAUGGCCUCUCGUACCAUUCUUUCAAAUUUCUUUGAAGAACAGUGAACUCAAAACCACCCAUAAUACCUUUCGGGAUUGUCGCGUGCACUUUGUCCGACAACCUUUCUCGAAAUAGCUGUAUAUAUUUGACCAAUUUGGCGACCAGAGGAGUGACACGAGUCAGCAGACGUACACUUGGAUUUUAAAUGAAUUCAUGCUUUCAAUUAAUAAUGUUGUGUUACUAAUCUUCCAGUCUUCAGUUUUAAAAUAGUAGUUUCUUCAUGGAAAUUAUCCUUUACCGAGCUGACACUUACAGACAGACACCGGACCACUGAGGCUAAUUUCACUUGCCCACUGAGCCACCAAACUUCUGUUUUUACUUGUCCAGAAUCAAAAUUUACUUGCCCCGGGCAAUCUGACCUGGGUCUUUCCCUGCCAUGCUUGUAUAAUCUAGGUUCCUAGUCGUGAUAAUACGUUUUGCAAAAGGGCUUCGUUACGAUUUUCCGACAAUUCCAGCAAAUGCCAACUGAUCGUAGAACAGACGGAAUUCUUAAAAUAUCUGUUAGAUACCGUUAAAGGGCGUAAAAGAAAAACUGGGAACAGAGCAUGGGUGGGCAAAACUGUCGAAGAUUAAAGCGGAUUAUAUUCGGGUAAACUUAAAAAAAUAUUUUAAAAUGUCGGACCAGGCGGCGUUUUCACCUUUCUUUUAAUUUGUACGAAAAAUAGUUCAUUUGUUUACUACUACGACCAUAAUCCUUCGGGUUUUUGCUUUCGUGUGCAAAUUAGGGCUUUUGUUAUUUAAACCUCGCUGGGAUUACCAAAUUUAAAUGUGAAAGGAAAAACGAAAAGAAUUCUGGUCGUGGUAGUAAAAUGACGCCAUCGUGCAAAUGGCCUAUUGAGGAAUAAUUCUUUGAAAACAUUUUAUGUGGGCGCUAUUUUGACAAUAAAAGCCUUUUGUUUUCCCUAUAGCCAGCAAUUUGCACUUCUUUUUACUUCAUUUCGUUCUUUCUGUCAUAUUUAAAUUUGUUAAUCCCAGUGAGGUUUAAAUAACAAAAGCCUUAAUCUGCAGCAACACCCUGAAGGAUUCGGUUGGUAAUAGCCUAUGUUGUAGUUAAGCUAACCAAGGCCUUGCUCUUUUAUACUUGUGACUCCGCCUUAGCAAAAUCAUAGCUGAUCAACAUCUUUUCAUUUCCACAGCCUUUAUCAUGAUGAUUGUCCUUGCUAUAAUGAGGAUCGUCAAAUACAAACCCCGACACAACACACCAGCCGCUGACUUCUCGGGACUUCCUAAUCUGUUUGGUGUCUGUGUGUAUUCGUACAUGUGCCAGCACUCCAUUCCUUCCCUGAUAACACCAUUGAAAAACAAGUCACGCAUCACACAGCUAUUUUUCGUCGACUUCGCUAUUGUCUUGGUCUUUUACUCUCUUUUGUCAUUCACGGCUAUCUUUGCUUUCCGAGUGGAAGAACUUAAAGAUCUCUACACGUUGAACUUCUGGGGAAACAGUGGAAAAUUCGCAGGAUACUUUCUCGCGCUCUUCCCUGUCUUCACUCUGAGCACAAAUUUUCCUAUUAUCUCCAUAACCCUCCGCGACAAUUUAAAGAAUCUCUUCUAUCGCGAGGGAAGCCCAUACCCCUGGGUUGUGGACCGGAUCGUAUUCCCCCUUGCUACAAUUACCCUACCGAUUGCAGUGGCGUUCAUCACCCAGAACUUGGAAAUUCUCGUAGGGGUUACGGGCUCAUACGCCGGAGCGGGGGUUCAAUAUGUAAUCCCCGCCUGUCUAGCUUAUUGUGGGAGGAAAAAGAUAAUAGAGCUAACGGGUUACUAUGACAACAAGCACACGUCACCAUUUGGAAGUCGUUGGUGGAUCAUGUUCGUGAUUGGAUGGGCAGGUGUCUGCAUAGCGUUUGUGACGGCAAAUCAUAUAAUUACAAGAAAAUAAUGAUCAUAUGAAUGAAUAAGAAUAUUAAUUAGCC